AUUCCUGCAAACUUCCUCUGCAAACGUCUGCCUGAACCGCUGACAGACGACUCACUUUCGUUCUAGCAAGCCAGACCCUUAGACAGGCCUAUACAGCGAUAUUGCCCAACAUGGCUCCAAUAGCGAUCAGCGAACACACGAACGGACACGUCGAGACGAACGGUGCAUUGAACGCAAAAGCCACUUCUUUUACCCCAGCAGCCAAGAUGGACAACUACCACGCCGCAUCUUCAGAACAGGCUAUGUCUGCCGAGCAGGCAUACGCCGCCCACAACUACCACCCACUUCCAAUCGUCUUUGCAAGAGCACAGGGCUGUCUCGUGUGGGAUCCAGAAGGAAAAGAAUACCUCGAUUUCCUCUCUGCAUACUCAGCAGUGAACCAAGGUCAUUGCCACCCCGAACUCAUUCAGGCAUUGGUAGAGCAGGCCAGCCGAGUGACACUUUCCAGCCGAGCAUUCUACAACGAUGUCUUCCCUAAGUUUGCAGAGAAGAUCACCAGCAUGAUGGGCUUCGAUAUGGUGCUGCCAAUGAACACUGGUGCCGAGGCAGUCGAAACGGCAGUCAAGAUUGCAAGGAAGUGGGGCUACAAGGUCAAGAAGAUCCCACAGGAUAAGGCUUGGGUAUUCAGCGUGCAAGAGAACUUCCAUGGCAGGACAUUUGCUGCGAUCACCAUGUCCACAGACCCAGAAAGCAGAGACAACUACGGCCCAUACUUGCCAAAUGUUGGCUCGGUCAACCCAUCGACGGGCAAGCCUAUCCCAUUCGGUGACGCCGAUGCAGUGGAGCAGCUUUUCGAGAAGCACGGCAAGGAGACUGCUGCAUUCCUCGUGGAGCCAAUCCAAGGCGAAGCAGGUAUCGUGGUGCCAGACGACAGCUACCUGAAGAGAGUGCGGGAACUCUGCACCAAGCACAACGUCCUGCUCAUCUGUGAUGAAAUCCAGACCGGUAUUGCACGAACAGGCAAGAUGCUCUGCCAUGAGUGGUCUGGCAUCAAGCCAGACCUUGUUCUCCUUGGCAAGGCCAUCAGUGGCGGCAUGUACCCAGUCUCCUGCGUGCUCGGCUCGAAGGAAGUUCUGCUCACUGUUGAGCCCGGAACUCACGGCAGCACAUACGGCGGCAACCCUCUUGGAAGUGCUGUAGCGAUCAAGGCUCUUGAGAUUGUGGAGGAAGAGCAGCUCACGCAGCGAGCUCAGACUCUUGGCCAACGCUUCCGUGACGGCAUCCAGGACAUCAUGAGCCGAUACUCUAUGAUCACUCUCGUCCGCGGAAAGGGUCUUCUGAAUGCCAUCGUCAUCGACGAGUCGAAGACGAAUGGCCACAGCGCCUGGGAUCUUUGCAUGCUCAUGAAGGAGAAAGGCCUCCUCGCCAAGCCGACUCACCAGAACAUCAUCAGACUCGCACCACCACUCGUGAUCAGCGAAGACCAGAUUCGCAAGGCUCUCUCAAUAAUCGAGGCUGCCGUUGCAGAGCUACCAGGCCUGCAGGGCAAGAAAGCUGAGGCCAUCAUCCCUCCAGGCGAGCAUAAUGUGCGCAUUGGCGUUGACAAUUAGAACUGCAUAGGGAAGGAGUUCAACACGAGAUUAUUGGAUCGGGAUACUCGCGAUGUGACUGAGCACUCACGACCGGGAUGCAUUCUUUCUUUUUCUCUGGUCGGCCGGCACAGCACUAAACUAGAUAACGAUUCGGCUAGAUUACCUUGUGAUACCCAGCUUUCCCUCUCAAAGGGCAUGAGAUCGGUGAGCGAGAGUGAGAAUUAUGGCGUUGGACCUGGGGACGGUACAAAUGGGUAGGUACAUAUCUAUGAAAGUUAUGAUUACGGACUGCUUCUGGGGCUCGCGCCUGAUAUGUGAUUAAUGCAGGGGACCGCUCUC